UUGGCCAAAUAAUUUACUCAGAUGGCGUCUGGCUGGCUCACAUGGUGAAACCACUAAGCUAGCUAGCUAACAGUAUACUGUAGCAAGACGAUUUGUAUUUGUUCGCUAUAGAGGGCCUCCAAGCAUAUUUUUGAGAAGCUACGGAGAGGUACUGCUUGGGAUGCAACCUUCGUCUUGCUGAUCGUGGGAUAUACUCUCCAAUACAACAGGUUCCCCCCUUACAUCUUAAUUGCAGAGGGAAAGCCAUAAGGAACCAUGAAAGUGCACAAAGCUCCCCCCAAAACCAAACAGACGUCCAAGAGGCAACAGUGUAAGGACAAGUGGUUCAAGCCCAACAGAAUUCCCCAAAACUCAAACUCUUCAAACCUCAGCCCAAGCACUGCCAUGGCCAAGCUAGAGCACCACGUAUCUAACCUUAGAAAGGACAAGCCUAACCUGAAGCGACUGAAGAAGAAGGCCAAGGCUGUGUCCUUCAGACAGGUCAAGACUCCGGCGGUCAGGGAGAGGACCCCCUCUCGUCCCCUGACUAACGGGGGAGCAGGUGGACCAGACCAGGGCAGUGACUCAGACGAGUCCCAGGACUGGAGCUCCUUUGCCAAGUCUGUUCUACAUCAAAAUGGUGGAGAGAGUAUGGAGGGCCAGGAGAGUUCUGUCUCAGCCAAAGCAGCGCCUGGCAGGAUAGAGGAGGAGGCUUUUGUUCACUGUGCAGAGCGAGACUACAUCCAUAAUCGCACAGUGCUGGUCAUGCAACAGGGUCAGACCCUGUGUUUUAGGGGGAAGUGCCUUCUGUCAUGUCUGUACGGUCGGGUGGAGGUGCAUGGUUUCACCCUUGAGGAGGGUCAGCAGUCCUACCCACUGUUUUCCCCUUCCUCACAUUGCCCCCUCACCGUCACAGCACUGGGGGACUCCCCUAACCCCAGCAAAACCAAGAAAGCGGGACGUCUAGAGGCCAAAGCCAUUGUCCGCAAGUACCUCUCUACAGAGACACGUAAAAGGUUGUUGAGCGAAGUAGAUUCAGACUCCUGUGUGAUCUUGCUGGAGCCCCUGGACACCCCUCUGACACGGUUCCUUGCAAGUUUCCCAGACCUCAAAGAGCUGUUUGGACUCAGUUCGAGGGACAUCCGAGACAGUUCAGCCAUGCUGGACACUCCGCUCUCUGGCCUUGGCAUGAUCCCACUGCGGAAAACGGCCGAAGGCAUGGUUAUGUCACAGACCUACAGGGAGGCUCUCAACGGCCUGGUUAACGCCUGUGCAGAAGAGCUAGAUGGCUGUCCAGUUAUUCUCGUAUGUGGUGCUAAGAAUGUUGGAAAGUCCACCUUCAACCGUCACCUCAUCAAUACCUUACUUAACCACACUGCAAGUGUAGAAUACUUGGAGUGUGACUUGGGCCAGACAGAGUUCACUCCCUCAGGUUGUCUCUCCCUGUCUACUGUCAGAGAGCCACUGCUGGGUCCCCCCUUCACACACCAGUGGGCCCCAGAGCACAUGAUCUUCUAUGGCCAGUCGUCCUGUGAAACAGACCUGGACCGCUAUCUGGAGUCCCUCAAGUCCCUGUGGCGCUUGUACAACAGAGAGACGCCCAUCGUCAUCAACACCAUGGGCUGGGUCAAAGGUUUUGGCUUUCAGUUGCUGGUGGACAUCAUUCGUCUCUUCUCCGUCUCUCACGUGGUGCAGCUCAGUAGUGGGGAUAAAGUCAUGUGCCGCCAACUCACCCCUGAGUUCCUGAGGUCAUCCCAUGGCUGGCAGACACACCCUCCUGUCCAGUCAGCUCUGGGGGAGGACAACUCUGGAACCCAUCCUGCCCAGCGGAGUUACACUCUAUUCGGUAUUCACUCAGAGUUUGAAGGAGCGGGGCGCUCGGGCGAAAUGAGACUCCAGCGCAGCAACGAGCAGCGUGACCUGGCUCUGCUGGGCUACUUCAGCCAGCUGCAGUCCCCUGAACCAGCCCCUGUCAGACCCCUACACUGCUUCAUUCCCUACCAGGUUCCCCAUUCAGCAGUGGCUGUGGGUGUGACACACUGUGAGGUGGCACCAACUCACGUGCUCUACACUGCUAAUGCCAGUCUGGUGGGGCUGUGCUGUCUGAAUGAGAAGGUAUCAGGCAGGGGAAGCCCAGUACUGCUCUCCCAAACCCCUGUCUGUCCCUGUGUGGGCUUUGGUGUCCUUCGAGGUGUGGACAUGGCACGGGGCCUGUACUUCCUUGUUACACCUAUAGCUCCCUCAGUCCUCCGUCAGGUCAACUGUCUUCUGCUGGGGGCUGUCCCACUGCCCAACACCCUCCUCACAGGCCAGACAGGAAUUGUGGGAGAGCCUCCCUACGUCACAAUGGACUACAGCUUUGAGCUAACCGGGGCCGGGAAGCUUCACGUCUUCAAGGGGCUUGCAAGACCUGGCCAGAUGAAAAACGCAAAGUGAUUGUUUUUGUUUUUAUGGUUUCACAGCAAGAAAUCAGAUUUUGUUUUGUUUUUUUUGUUUACUGACUUCAAACACCAAGGCCAGAGUCAAGGCCGUUGAAUGUACAGAACAGAAGAGAAGGUUCAGGAGACGGGUGGACCGUAGAGUUGGCGUGAGUGAUUCGAGGCGUACUCGCGCUCCAGACCAGACUCUUGAAGACGGCCCAGGCUGUGGAGGUCAACUCCCUCUUGUAUGCGUCAAUUGGGUUGACCUUGGUCUACAAUAAUGACAUCAUUUUUGGUGGCGAUAUUCAAUAGUUUAGGAUGUUAGAAACACGUUCAAUCACAUGGACAAUAUCUAGACAUGCAGGUAAACCUCCGUCUGCAUCUGAAAUGGCGCCAUAUUCCCUAGUGCACUGGUCAAAGGUAGUGCACUAAUGUAAGGAAUAGGGUGUCAUUUCAGACAUACUGUGUUUGUCUAUUCCUUGUGGGUGACAUUUCAGACACAUACUGUGUUUGUCUAUUCCUUGUGGGUGACAUUCCAAAGCCAAGAUUGUACACAUGAUCAAAUAUAAAAAAAAAUUGAUAUACUUUUUGUUGUUGAAAAUGUGAGCUUUUCUUGUCACUGUCAGGACUUCCUAAAAUCUGUUUGUUAACCUUUGGUCUUUUUAAAUGUGGCCCAUCUUAUGACCUGUCCCUAGCAGAUGUGGUAUCACGGUUAAAUGUUCGAAUUUCCAUGUCAUAAUAUACAUAGUCUUGAAAAGUGGUUGGAGGACAAUGUGUGAAGUUAUGAAUCCAUACCCCCCACCCCCCAGUAAAAGUGAUGAUAAACAAUUUGAGUUCAUGUUAAAUGUCUGAUUUGGCCAUAUUACAGAUUGAUUCACUCUACAAGUGAUAUUAAUGAAUAGCCUGGAGUAGGACAUGAAAGUGCUUGCAGGGGUAUUCUCUGACAAUGAAAAUCAUUAAAACAAAAGAAAAUGUAAUGUCACUUGCUCAACAAUCCAUCUAUAGUGCUAUUGGAUAACACCUGUCAAUAUAGCCCAGAGCAAAAAAAAUUAGAAACCUGUACACACAUUGUAACUGAAUGGUAGUGCACUACGAAUUGUUACACAGUAUUCCAUCCAUGUCUUAUUUACCAUAGUAGUGGCUAUAGAUGCUUCAAGUAACAUCUGCAUUUCUGAGAGUACUAGACAUUGAUUUACCUAUUUAUUCAUCUGACCUUGGGACAAAAUAUGAACUAUGGCAUUGAUGGUGCGAUAAAGGACCGAGUGGAAAUGAGAACUACAGGCAAGAACUGUUACCAGUCCUCUCUUCUUUUUUUCCCAUUUUGUUUGUCUUUCUCUCUUAUCCCUUCUGUUCCAUCAGGACUUGUUUGACAGAAGUUCGUAAAUAAAACUUCCUUUAAGUUCUUUGUUA